AUGGAGAUGAAAAAAGCCGCGUGGCAGAUAAACCGGGAGGCUAUUGCCGUCGCCAGGAGUUUCUUGGAACACCGCGCGGAUCGUCUGAAACGAGGCGGCUCGUCGGCACCACUGGGCACCCAAAGCGGUGUCCGCACGAUGAUAGUUGCCCGCCCCACUUACAUCGCUGGCCAUGAGGCGCCCCAGAGCUGGUCGCCUUCGGAAGCUCCGAAUACCUCGACUGAGUUCUGGCUGACCACUACCCACCCGGUCGUGCCAAUACUCAUGUCAGACCAGCCGCCUGGCGCGUAUGCUCAGCACGUGUACCGGCCACGACGUGCCUCAUUGGACCGGACACCUGCAGUUGCCGACAAGUCCUUUCUCGCACGACGGCAUCUGCCUUUGCGACUGGCCCGGAGACAAGUUCCCGGCGUGCUCCACACCUGGCGGUUGCCUGUGGCGAACAUGACGAGGAUUGUCGAGCGACACAGCAUGAUGCGAGUUGCUGUCCAGAUCCGAAUGCCCGAGGAUCCCGCCCCGGCCGCCCCACCUGUCGGCCCUUCGGCGCCGGUCAGGUUCCCGAGUGGCCCCACUCAUCAAUUGCCAGGCACGGCCGCAGCCUUCCUUGGCGGGGGGAAGCAAGCAUGUCCGAGUCCGACCAGGACUACGACGACGGGACUGGUCCCCGGCCGCGCAGCGGCCCGCAACCUCGUCACCGGCGCGGCAACCACCGAGACCCGCGCCGCGAGCGGCCCCAACCCGGCCCUGAACCCGGGCCACCAGGACCCAGGCCCCGCUCUCGCCGGCGCCGCUCCCCCUCCCCCGCCGGCUCCUGCUUCCCUCGUCCACGCCCGCCGAUACCACUACCACCCCAGCACCGCCAUCGUCCGCACCGGCGCCGCGGGCGCCGCCGACGACGACAACGCGUCCACCACGACCGAGGAGUACACCGUGUACCCGGACGGCAGCCGGCACGGCGACGGGCGGAGCCGGGACAGGCGCGGGUGGAGCAGCAGGAGCAGCGGUGGCGGCAGGAGUGGUAGUAGUUGGAGGAGGCGGGCUGGACGCUGGUGA